GUUGAAAUGAGAUUUAGGUCGCUAGUCAUUUGUCAUCAAUCUCAAACAUUUUUAUUCACGAUGGAGCUGUUGGAUCAUCAUCGAGGUGUUCUGCAAAAGUCCGUGUGAUAAGUGAUAGUCCAUCAGCUAUACUCUCACUAUCAAAUGUUCUUUGGAGUGCCUCAAUUCGUGCAGUUUCACAUGAUACCUGUCCUGUAACAACUUAUGUUGCUUCCUCUAUAAGUACUGAAGCAAUAGAGAGUGCAAUUGGUCUUGGUUCUAAAGGAAGUAUGGGGUUUCUAGCUGCUGACACUGAGCGUUCUUCUCUUAUUUUAUGUGGUAAAGCAUUUGCUGAUGCAAAUGGAGUCAAACGAAGUUUGGCAGCUUUAUCAGAACCUAUAUUAGCAGCUCGAGGAGGCAUCCCACUGGCAGCUCGGAUUGUGGAGCUGGGAGAAUCAGUAGUACUCUUGUUCGCACCAGAAGACAUUAUUCAGAGCUCUUCAGAUCUGUUGGUGUCUGCAGAUCCAGGUGUUAUCCUUGCUCCUCAAGGUGUUGCACCCUUUUUCCGAGCCAAAAUUUCCAACCCUGACACACCAAGCUUGUACAAAUUGCCUGCUGCUAUUAUCCUUGCAUGUUCUGAUAGCUCCAGAGUCCUUCCUGCUAUUUCAAAGCUUUCUCCAGGUCAAGCUGCUUUUCACUUCCUAGCUGGAUAUCAGAAUGGCAAGUACAUUCCUGCAUUUAAUUCAGGCCCGUCAUGUAUUGAUCCCUUGGAGCUAUCAAAGGCUCUUUUUGCCAAGAUGAAGGAAAUUACGAUAAAUCCUUUAUUGAUAAAUACCAAUGUUGGAGAAAAGCGUAUAACUGGGAAAGAUCUUGUGGAAGUAGUUCGGUCAAAUCUUUCAAAUGACAUAUCAUUCUUCCAACCUAAAGGUAAAAACCUGAAACAAAGCUUCAAGAGGUAUCUGUUGGUCAAAUAUCAAGAACUACCCGAGGAAUUCUCAUUUUGA